GGUUCCAAUCCCUACACCAGCAGUUUGUGUUAUAACAGAAAGAGCAUUAACUCUGGAGUCAGAGACUUGGGCUUAAAUACUCCCUCAGACACUACCUAUCCGACCUUUUAGAAGUCAUUUAUCCUCCUGGGAUAAAUUGAGGGGGUUGAUCUAGAUGGCCUCGGAGGUUUCCUCUAGGGCUUGAUGUAAGAUCCUAUGACCUCAUGUGCACACCGGACACACACUGAGGUUGGCCCUAUAAAACUCUGAAAUGACAAAGACGGAGAACUUGAGAACUGCCAAUGGUGUGUUGUGACAGGUGGAAGAGGCCAUUAAUCAAUGCUAUAAGGGAUUGUAGAAUAGAACUGGCAAGCAAGAGAGGCCAUAGCACUUUGGAUGACAGCUUUGGAAAGAUCUUAGGAAGAAGAAUACACACUAUUAGAGCUGGAAAGGGGAUCUGGGAUCAUUGGGCCUGAUUCUCUCAUUUGAUAGGUGAAGAAACUAAUGUCCCGAGAGGGAAAGCAUUUGUCCUACAUCACACAAUAAUUUUGUGACAGAGCUAGGACUAGAAUCCAGGUCUCCUGACUUAAAGUUGCAUCAAACUGUGCCCCAGGAGAAAGGUUUCCAGUGGUUUUUCUUUUUCCUCUCUGGCUCACCAGUAAGGGGAAACUAGGUGGUUCAAGCCAGCUUUGGAGGUGGGAAGUCACUUCUAGCUAUGUGACCCUGGACAAGUCACUUAAUCCCCAUUGCCUAGUCCUUACCACUCUUCUGCCUCAGAAUGGAUACUUAGUGUCUAUUUUAAGACCAAAGGAUAAGGUUGGAGUUUUCUUGUCUGUUUUAAAUUUUUGAAAACAAAACAAAAACUUCCCUCCUGUCUGGGCAAGAGGUAUUUGGUUGAGGGAAUAGCUUUCCUCCCCAGUCACUCCUGGUAGGCAGCCAAUGUUUUCUUCCCUGUUCCUUCCUCCCCUCUGCCUUGAUUUUUUCCUGUCCUCUUGGAUCUCGAUAGAGAUCAGGGAAAUCAACAUGUUGGCAACUACUACUAGAUGGCCCUGCUACAUCCAGGUACCCAAGCCCAAGAACCCAAGGUCAUAGUACAAUCUGUCAGUUCUGUGAGAGCAACCAUCGGAAGUUCAGUGACGCUGCCCUGCACUGUGAUAAGUGAAGUGCCUGGGCCAGUGAAGUGGUACAAGGGCAGAAUUUAUGGGAAGAUCAUCUACAGUGACAAAGAACCCUCACCCCGUGGCCAAAGGGUGAAGAACACAAACAGCAUCCUGGACAUCCUCAUAAGCAACAUUACUAGACAGGAUGAAGGAGCCUACUUAUGUGUCAAGUUCAAAAAAGGCAACAAUGGUGAUGAGGUGGUCAGCAUUGUGAGUAACACCACACUCUAUAUAGUAGACAGCCAAAUUUCAUCGGGUGUCAUCGUAGCCGCCACGGCCGGAUCCGUGUGUCUCAGCCUUGUCUUCUUAGCCCUCUUCUGCUACUUCAAAAGAAAGACAGGUCAAAGCCCAUGUUCAGCCCGGUUUGUAUGUUCCAGACCAGAAGCCUCAAAGACCAACCAGCCCCAGAAAGAGCCAAAAGGGAACAAAGAGAUUGUAUAUGCUGAUCUCCAACCCAUUGAGAAAAGUCGUCAAUCUAUGAGCCCAGCGAGAGUGAAGGGUUUCCAUUCUGAGUAUGCCACUAUUCAGCUCCAGUAAUCUGGACCCAGCAAAAGCAGCUCCAAGGAGGAUGGAAGGACCAAUUUAUUUCAAAGGAAUGCUGAAGACUUUAUAGUUCCAAUCAGAAAGAAGGAAGUUUAAGAUUCUUUCAGGAACCUGAAAAUAAAUUCAUGGGGAUUAAUGAUCAGUAGAACAUUCAGUGGAAUAUUAGAACCUGGGUCUGAGAUCCAGGUCUUCCAUUUACUGGGCUGUGUGGCAUCAGGCAGAUCAUUUCCCUUCUCUGAUCUCAAUUCCCUCAUCUGAAAAUGGAGAUAACAACCCCUCAGCUUCUUACUUCACAAAGGUCAAAUGAGAUAACAGAAGUAAAGUCCUUUGUAACUAUAAAACCUCUAUAUCAAUGUCAGCUAUUGUUAUUGACCUCUCCCUUCUGAGGGGAAAAAAAAAAAGAUGUGUUAAUGCUAACUUGGAAGCAACUCCUCAGCUUCCACCAAGUGUUGAAUCUCUAAUUCAGUUGUGGUGCCAGGUCUCUGCAGAUCUUUUCUUUUCUUUUUAAAACCCUUACCUUCUGUCUUGGAAUUGAUAGUAAGUAUUGGUUCCAAGGCAGAAAAGCAAUAAGGGCUAGGCAGCUGGGGCUAAGGGACUUGCCCAGGGUCACACUGUGGGGAAAUGUCUGAGGCCAAAUUUGAACCUGGGACCUCCCAUUUCCAGGCUUUGCUCUUUAUACACUCAGCUGUCUAGCUUCCCCCUCCACAGAUCUUUUGGCCUUGGUCUAGAACAGUGGUAUCAAACUCAAGUAGUAACAGGAGCCAGUAAUCUUUGCAUAAGGAUUCCUGCUGGCCACAUACUGACUUAGUGUUGAUAUUGUAUUGUAUUAAUUUUGUUAAAUAUUUCAUAAUUACAUAUUUAAUCUGGUUUGGGUCACACUCAGGAGUGUUGCCACAGCCAUGGUUCAUGUUUGAUACCUCUGGUCUAGGAACCCACCAAAAAAAGACACAAAAACCUCUCAAGUUUUACAUUAGAAAGAGAUAUAUUUGAUGGAGAUCAUCAGAAUAUAGACCACUGGAGGAUUCUUUGCUCAAUAAUGAAUUCCCUAGUCAUGCAAGUUGAACUAUUGAGCACAAGUAGCCCAGAGUCCAACAGGGGAAUCUCUAGCUCAACCAUGUAUAAAUCUAUCAACAACAAAAAAUCCUUACUAACAAUCCUAAAUAUGUUUUUAUUUAAAACCAGAGGUAGCCUGGUAGAGAGCAUAGAGAGCUGGCUUUCAAAUUGCACCUCAACCAUUUACUGGCUUUGUGAUCCUGGACAAUUACCUAACCUCUGAGUGCCCAUAGGCCCAUGUUGGCAAACCUAUGGCACAAUUGCUGGAGGGGGUGGCUCACUUCCCCCUCUCCACCAUGCCUGAGGAUAUUCCUCGCUUCCCCCCCCCCCCCCGCCCCUCUGCUCAGCAGCCCAAUGGGAGCCCUUCCUCCUUCCCCUGUCUGGGGUAAGGGGGCAGCUCAUGUGUCAUGUGAGAGUGCAGUUCACCAUCACUGCCUUAGGCAAUUCUCUAAAACUGUUAAAUCAGUAUGUAUUCAUCUGCUUUGGGAAAGGGAGUUCCUCACAAGUACAAAAUCAUAUGACCUGUUAAAGAAGUCAAUAAAUGAAACAUGCAAGCAAUCCUA